GGUUCUUCUCAGAACAGAGAUGUUUUUCCGAACCAGUAAAGUAAAGAAUGACUUUCUGAAUCUAUAUUUAAUACAAAUAUUUUAUUAAAUAUUUCAUUUAAAUUUUCUUCUACUCGAUUCUAUCCCUUUCCAUUAUAUAACCUUCAAUUCGUUCCGUUCAGUUCCAUUAAAUUCCCUUCAAUUUCGUUACGUUCAGUUUCGGCCUAUUUCAUACCAUUUUCUUCAAUUCCAAACCAUUCCGCUCUAUUUCAUUCCAUUCCCUUUAAUUAAUUUCCGUUCCUCUCCGUUUCAGUCUGUUUCAUUCUAUUCGAUUUCGUUCCGUUCCAUUUUAUUUUGCUCUAUUUAAAUCCAUUCCGUUGUAUUCCAUUUCAUUUUGCUCUAUUCAAUUCCAUUCCGUUCUAUUCCAUGUUAUUCAAUACCAUGCAAUUCCAUUCUAUUUCAUUCCAAUCCGAUCCAUUCCGUUCUGUUCCAUUCCAAUCUGUGGCGUUCUAUUCUAUUCCAUAUCGACCUUGCUCAUGAAAUCCCUUCAAAUUCGUUCCGUUCAGUUUCGGCCGAUUUCAUGACAUUUUUUUCAAUUCCAUACCAUUCCGGUCUAUUUCAUUCCACUCCCUUUAAUUAAUUUCCGUUCCUCUCCGUUUAAGUAUGUUUCAUUCCAUUCGAUUUCGUUCCGUUCCGUUUUAUUUUGCUCUACUUAAUUCCAUUCCAUUGCAUUGCAUUUUAAUUCGCUCUAUUCAAUUCCAUUCCGUUCCAUUCCAUUUUAUUCCAUGUUAUUCAAUCCCAUACAAUUCCAUUCUAUUUCAUUCCAAUCCGAUCCAUUCCGUUCUGUUUCAUUCCAAUCUGCGUCGUUCUAUUGUAUUCCAUAUCGAUCUUUCUCAUGAAUUCCCUUAUAUUUCGUUCCAUUCGAUUCCACACCGUCCCACUCCGUUCCAUUUCAUUUCAUACAAUUCUGUUACAUUCCGUUUCAUUCCAUUCCUUUUCAUCUUAUUCCAAUUCCUUAGAUUCCAUUCCCACCCCGUUCGUUUCCGUUCCAUUCCUUAUCGUUUCAUUCAAUCCCGUACGAGUCUGUUACAUUCCGUUCCGUUCUAUUUUGUUUAAUUACGUUCUGUUCUAUUUCGUUCCGUUAAAUAUAAUUUCUUUCCAAUCAAUCCAAUUCCAAUCCAUUUCAUUAAAUUCCGUUCUAUUCCAAUCCCUUCCAAUCCAUUCCAAUAAAUUACAUUCCAUUCCAUUCAAUAUCGGUCCAAUCCGUUCCGUUCUUGAAAUAUCAUUCCAUUCCGAUUUAUCAAUUCUAUUCCAACCAUUCUAUUUCGAUUCAUUACGAUCCAUUCCGAUACAUUCCAUUCAUUCAAUUGCGUUACGUUCCAUUUCAUUCCGUUCUGUUCUAUUCCAUUCCAUUCAGUUUAAUUCCGUUUCAUUCCUUUAAAUUCCAUUUUAUUUUAUCUAUUCGGUUCCAUACGGUUCCAUUUUGUUCCAUUCUAUUCCAAUGCACGAAAAUUGCAAGAAAUUUAACAUUAAUUUAUAAUGCCAAUCCAAAAUUACUAUUAGGGUAAGGCUUAGUAAAUUCUGUGAAUAUAAAUAUGUAGACUUUGAAAAAAAAAAAGGAUUCAAGACUUCUUAUUGACCUUAGUUCUAAGGUGAAAACAAAUAUACAUCAUAUUUUAAAAUUUCUUCAAUGUUUAUCUAUUGUUAUUGUUGUUAAUAAUCUCAGUGUAAUUUAAAUUGUUUUCCAGUAUACAUAGGGCAGUCCUUAGCCGGCUAUUCUAUGGGAUGGUCAGCACCUAUAAUACCCAAGCUCCAGGAUCCAAAGCAGUCUCCACUUUCAUCGUCAAUAUCAGAAACAGAGACCUCACUUGUUGGAUCUAUCACUUAUGUUGGACUAAUUAUAGGUCCUUACAUAACCGGAUAUCUGUCUAAUGCGAUCGGCCGCAAGCCAAGCUUUUUCGUAGCAGGUUUGCUAACACUUUUAUCUUUUCUUCUUUUGGCUAAUGCAAAUAAUCUGGCGAUGAUUUUUACUGGCAGAGUAAUUUGUGGAUUGGGAACAGGAAUGAUUUACGUUGUAAAUCUCGUAUACAUCGGUGAGAUUGCAUCAACAAAUAUAAGAGGUAUAUUGUUAACCAGCACCAACAUAUUUACUACACUUGGUACACUAUUUGUAUAUGCAGUUGGACCUUACGUCUCUUAUCCUGUUGUCUCUUACAUAGCAGUAGGUGUUACAGCAUUGUACAUAUUGGGAAUUUUAUUCAUCCCUGAAUCACCGACUUAUUACAUUUUAAAAGAAAGAACAAAAUCUGCACAAGGAGCGAUGGAUAAAUUAGGAAGAUUGGAUGAACUUGACGAAAUCCUCGCUGUGAAAUACAAUACAGAAAAACUAAGUGUAGUUGAAGAAUGGAAGCAAAUGAUAACGGUGAAAAGUAACAGAAAAGCGUUAUUCAUUACAUUAAGUUUAAGUAUUUUUCAACAAACCAGUGGCAUUAUCGUAGUCAUCUUCUUUGCAACCACUAUCUUCGAAACGGCUGGCUCUUCAAUAGAACCAAAUGUAGCUACAAUAAUUAUUGGUGUCACUCAAUUUGUCGCUAGUAUGCUGUCGUCCUUCUUUGUGGAAAGAAUGGGAAGAAGAAUAUUAUUAUUAUGUUCAACCACUAUUGCUGGUUUAAGCAUGGCAACUCUUGGUGUCUAUUUUUAUUUAGACCUCAUUGACCAUUCGUCUAUUUCUAUGAUAAAGUGGUUACCGCUGGUGUCGCUGAUCAUUUACUUCCUUUUUUAUGAUUUUGGUUUUGGAAUCAUUCCUGGCACACUUAUCGGAGAAAUGUACCAAUCUAACGUCAGAAGUAUAGGGUCAACGGUUAGUAUCACCGUUGCUUGGCUGUUUGGUUUUGGUGUUGCAACGGUUUACGGUUAUAUGGUCUCAGAUUUAGGCAGCCAUAUUACUUUUUGGAUGUUCUCCGGGAUGUGCGCUUUGGCUUGUCUUUUCACAGCUAUCUUCGUGCCGGAAACUAAAGGAAAGUCGUUGGCUGAGAUACAGCAAAUAUUAAACAAAUAAUUUCUAUUCUCUACAUAAUUAACUACUCAUAUUAUAUAUAAAAUAGUUUUAUAUUUAUUAAAUUAAAUUUAGUUGU